AGCGCAUGCGCGGUGCGCGCUCGGCGGCGGUGACGUAGCUCCGCCGCGGCCUCAGCGACCCGCGAGCGCAGCGCGGGCGGCUCCCUCCAUAUCAGCUGUGCAGCUCUGCUUUGUCCUGGGCCGGUCCGUCGGUCGGGCCGCCCGAAGCCUCGCGCCGCGCUGGCGUCGUCCUCGUCCCCGCCGGCGCCCCGGCCUGAGCCGGACGGCGAGGCCAUGGACGCGGAGUUGGUGGUGACGCCGCCAGGCUGCGCGCACCUGGGCAGCUUCAAGGUGGACAACUGGAAGCAAAACCUGCGCGCCAUCUACCAGUGCUUCGUAUGGAGCGGCUCGGCGGAGGCCCGCAAGCGCAAGGCAAAGUCUUGCGUCUGCCACGUGUGUGGCGUCCACCUGAACAGGCUGCACUCUUGCCUCCACUGCGUCUUCUUUGGCUGUUUCACGAAGAAGCACAUUCACGAGCAUGCCAAGUCGAAGAGGCACAACCUGGCCAUCGAGCUUGUGUACGGCGGCGUUUACUGCUUCUUGUGCCAGGACUACAUCUACGACAGGGACAUCGAGGCCGUCGCCAAAGAGGAGCAGCGGAAGGCUUGGAAGAUGCAAGGCAUCGGGGAGAAGUUCUCCACCUGGGAGCCCACCAAGCGGGAGCUGGAGCUGCUGACCCACAACCCCAAGAGGCGCAAGAUCACCGCCAACUGCACCAUAGGUCUGCGGGGCCUCAUCAACCUGGGGAACACGUGCUUCAUGAACUGCAUCGUGCAGGCGCUCACGCACACGCCGCUGCUGCGGGACUUCUUCCUGUCGGACCGGCACCGCUGCGAGAUGCAGAGCCCCAGCUCCUGCCUGGUCUGCGAGAUGUCAUCGCUCUUCCAGGAGUUUUACUCCGGGCACCGGUCCCCACACAUCCCGUACAAGCUGCUGCACCUGGUGUGGACGCACGCCCGGCACCUGGCGGGGUACGAGCAGCAGGACGCGCACGAGUUCCUGAUCGCGGCCCUGGACGUCCUGCACCGCCACUGCAAAGGUGACGACAAUGGGAAGAAGGCCAACAACCCCAACCACUGCAACUGCAUCAUAGACCAGAUCUUCACGGGCGGGCUGCAGUCCGACGUCACCUGCCAGGUGUGCCACGGCGUCUCCACCACCAUCGACCCUUUCUGGGACAUUAGCCUGGACCUGCCUGGCUCCUCCACGCCCUUCUGGCCGCUGAGCCCCGGCAGUGAGGGCAGCGUGGUGAACGGGGAGAGCCACGCGUCGGGGACCACGACCCUCACGGACUGCCUGCGGAGGUUUACCAGACCCGAGCACUUGGGGAGCAGUGCCAAGAUCAAGUGUAGCGGUUGCCACAGCUACCAGGAGUCCACCAAGCAGCUCACCAUGAAGAAGCUGCCUAUUGUUGCCUGUUUUCAUCUCAAACGGUUCGAACACUCGGCCAAGCUCCGGCGGAAGAUCACCACCUACGUGUCCUUCCCGCUGGAGCUGGACAUGACCCCCUUCAUGGCCUCCAGCAAGGAGAGCAGGAUGAACGGCCAGUACCAGCAGCCGACGGACAGUCUCAGUAACGACAACAAGUACUCCUUGUUUGCGGUGGUCAACCACCAGGGGACGCUGGAGAGCGGCCACUACACCAGCUUCAUCCGGCAGCACAAGGACCAGUGGUUCAAGUGUGACGACGCCAUCAUCACCAAGGCCAGCAUUGAGGACGUGCUGGACAGCGAGGGGUACUUGCUGUUCUAUCACAAGCAGUUCCUGGAGUACGAGUAGCCGUCAGCUGGAAGCCCCCCAGAGUGAUCCAGACCCCCCGCCCCCGCUUCCCGCCGCCCGCCAGAUGCCCCCAGGGCCCCGGCUCCCCUGCAGCCUGGGCCCCCAGGAGGCGGCCCCAGGAGUGCCCAGGACGUGGUGUUCGGACAGUGGGCUGGAGGUGGGCCGGGUGCGGGGGGGCCUGGGCCGUGGCUCCUGCUUCUCGCGGGGGCGGGGGUGGAGGCGCCAGCGUUUCUCGUGGGUCCAGAAAGCAGGCAAGUGGAGGGGGCGGCCCUGGCGGGGUCUGUCUCUCUGUCAGUGUGUCGUGCGUGGCGCGGGCUUAGGCACGGGAGCCCCGGAGCCUGUGGGGCUGGAGGCGCCGGUGGGUCUGUCCCGCAGAUAACUUCGCGCCACCCUGCAUGCAGGAGGCCGCCUGUGCCCUCCCGGCUUUCUAGGAAUAGGCGUUUUCUUAGGCUCCUCUCUUUCUUUUUCUAACGGUGGGUCUCAUAGGCGUAGUGGUAGUGACGUGAGGGUUUGCUGAUCUCAUGCUGACACUGGGUUGUCUUCCCUUUGCCCUGAGUGAAUCUUUCUUUUUACUUGGUGCUGUUUUCGUUGCCCCCGCCCCUGGUCGGAGCGCCCGUGUCCUGGUCGACGCUGGCGGGCGCAGCAGGCACGGUCCCCUUCGUGCUCAUCCUUUAGUGAGUGAAGGUGCGGAAUUGGCCUGUCUCCCUUCCUCGUGUCUCCUUUCCGGCCGCCCGGCCGUCCUGAGAGCUCUCCUGCCGCGUCGUCCAGUGGGCACUGCAUCCGGCCUUUUCUCUUGGAGCAGGAGGCGCGGUGGGGCUGGCGCCUGGGAAGGGUGGGUGAGGGGCAGCCACAGCGUCACUGUCCCUGGGGGUUGUCUGCGUGUGGGGAGUGACAGGCCGGAGCCCCAGGCAGGGGGCAUCCUGGAGCCAGUCUGCCCUGACCCGCGAGGCUCCUCCCGGAGGGGCUGGGCCGUCGCAGGGUCGGCAGACCUCCCAUCAGGGGCAGGCAGUAGCUGUUUGGGGCUGUGGACGGUGCCGUCUCUGCCCCAGGUCCCACGCAAGUGAGCGAAGCUGUGUCCCAGUAAAACCUGGGGGGGACACGGACCUUUGAAUUGCACAUGCUUUUCAGACCUCUCCAGGUUUUAGGCUCGUUUGCUACGUAGGGUGAGCACACUGUCCUUGGCUGCAGGCCGCACACAGGCCGGCGGGGCCCAGGUCUGGCUCCUCGGCUGCUUGCGUUGCAGGCGCCGAGUGGCUGCUGCUCCGUGCUGAGGUGCUGGGGUCCAGCCGCGGGGUCACCAUGUAGGGCAGAGGCCUGGGUUCAGGUUGUGCUUCAGUCUGCCUUGUGUUUCUACAUUCAGGGAACACAAGCCUUAAGGCCUGUUUGUCAGUACCCAGAGGCAUCCUCAGAGAAGCGUGGGCAGGUCCACUUUCCACGUCCUCAUACGUGGCCACAGGUGGCCCGUCUGCGUGUGACUGCAGGGCGGGCUCCCCUGGGCAGAGGUCUGGCGGGGCUGGCCCUUGGCUGAUGGUGGCUGCAGGCUCUGAGUCCCGGGGCUUCCUGCCAACCUGUGGCCAGUGCAUUUCAGGGGCGUCCCCCGGGCAAAGCGGGGACAGCCGUUGUCCUGGUCUCGGGGUUUCUGGCAGGUCUCCCGCAGUCUGGUCACCCCUCUGCCCGCUCUGUCCCUCCUCGCGCCCCUUCCCCGCCACCCGCUCGUGUUGAGGGCUCAGCUGCUGCAGGAACGUGAGGGCUGAGGAGACAGGCCGCGUCCUUUCUGGACGUCCUGUGGAAUGCGGACAUCCAGGGGAAUCCUCUUUUUCCCGGCGCUGGUGGUGUGGGCGCUUCCUCUCUCUGUGCUGCUGAGCUUCCCCUGUGACCGGAGGCGCUGCGGGUGGGGGGUGCUCCACCCCCCGAGCCGUCCGCACGGAGGUCCGCCUUUGAUUUCGCCUCGUCAGGAACCCCAUGGACUUGGGAUUUGUUUUCUUUCAGUCCAGCUACUAAAUAGAACGGUCUCCGGUCCUCGUAACCACGCCAUGGGGUGGCCAGGCUGUCCUGGGUGUCCGAACACUGAGUCACCAGCCGACCCCUCCCACUAGCGUGUCUGCCACGCAGCUCUUCCCAGGGAGGCAGUGGGCCUUGCGUCCUCAGUGUCGUGAGUGGGGAUUUUGACCAGCAAGAAGCUGGGGGAGUGGCCGCGGGGCUGGGCCGAGUGGGUCCGGAGCGGGCAUGGGCAGCCUCCCUCGGGCCCUGGGCCCCUCUCCGCCACCUCCAGCGCCCCGCUGGUGCCGGGACGACCAGAUGCCGCCUCCUGCAACAUCUUUCCUUGUGCUGUUGUACUUCUGCUCGUGUGGAUGCUCGCGUUGUGAAAUUGCUGUUCUUUUGAGAAUUCCAGUGACUGUUUCGUUUACUCUCACUUUGAAAACAAAAGUCGUGAGAAGAAGAUUCCAGUGAUUGUGCUGUGGACUUUAUCACCGAGCUGUUCACGCCUCCCUUGGCCUGUCGAGUUGAGGGGACGUUCGAUUCUGCUCUUUCUUUAAUGGCUUGUGGUCUUUCCUCUGUUACAAUAAAGCUACAUUUUAUUCUGAAAA